CACAAGGAUACAGGGGAUUAGAUGGGGAUUAGUAGAGACUCUCUUGUCUUUCUCUCUUUCAUUGUCUUCGCUGUGAUGCAAUGUCCAACACUGGCUCUCAAACAGUCUUAUGUGGUGUACCUAGGCAGUCAUUCACAUGGGGUUGAACCUACUUCUUCAUUGCACUUCAGCAAAAUAACCGAUUCCUAUUAUGAUCUCUUGGGUUCUUGCAUGGGCAGCAAGAAGAAGGCACAAGAAGCAAUUUUUUACUCUUACACAAGUUACAUAAAUGGUUUUGCUGCUGUCCUGGAAGAUGAAGAGGCAGCUGAGCUUUCAAAGCAGCCAGGAGUUUUAUCUGUUUUCUUAAACCAGAAAAAUGAACUGCACACGACUAGGUCCUGGGAGUUCCUUGGACUAGAGAGAAAUGGAGAGAUUCCUGCAAAUUCUAUCUGGGUGAAGGCGAGAUUUGGCGAAGACAUCAUUAUUGGGAACCUUGACACUGGUGUUUGGCCAGAAUCGGACAGCUUCAAUGACAAAGGAAUGGAGCCAAUAUCAUCCAAGUGGAAAGGUUACUGUGAGCCCAGUGAUGGUGUUAAGUGCAACAGGAAGCUGAUUGGAGCAAGGUACUUCAACAAAGGGUAUGAAGCAGCCUUGGGGAGGCCGCUCGAUUCUUCCUACCAAACUGCAAGAGAUACAAAUGGGCAUGGCACGCAUACACUGUCCACAGCUGGUGGUGGAUUUGUUGGUGGAGCAAACCUCUUGGGUUCAGGCUAUGGAACUGCAAAGGGCGGAUCUCCUAGUGCUCGAGUUGCCUCGUACAAGGUUUGCUGGCCAAGUUGCUAUGAUGCUGAUAUAUUGGCUGCCUUUGAUGCUGCCAUACAUGAUGGGGUUGAUGUCCUCUCUGUUUCACUUGGAGGUCCUCCUCGUGAUUAUUUCUUGGACAGCAUCGCAAUUGGAUCUUUUCAAGCUGUCAAGAAGGGAAUUGUUGUUGUCUGCUCAGCUGGGAAUUCUGGCCCCACGCCUGGGAGUGUUGAAAAUUUGGCACCAUGGAUUAUAACUGUUGCAGCUAGUACAAUUGAUAGGGAUUUUCCCUCUUAUGUCAUUUUGGGCAAUAACGAGCAAUUCAAGGGCCUGAGCUUCUAUACCAAUAGUUUACCGGCUGCGAAGUUUUAUCCCCUGGUAUAUUCUGUAGAUGCUAGAGCUCCUAAUGCUUCUGCAAGAGACGCACUACUUUGCUUUGUUGGAUCCCUGGACCCCGAGAAGGUGAAAGGGAAGAUAGUAUACUGCCUGAUUGGCCUCAAUGAAAUCGUUCAGAAGAGCUGGGUGGUUGCUCAGGCAGGUGGCAUCGGGAUGAUUCUUGCUAACCGUCUGUCCACUAGUACAUUGAUUCCUCAGGCCCACUUUGUUCCCACUUCAUAUGUCUCUGCAGCUGAUGGUCUUGCCAUUUUGUUAUACAUCCACAUUACAAAGUACCCAGUGGCUUACAUCAGAGGAGCAACUGAAGUAGGUACAGUAGCAGCACCAAUCAUGGCUUCCUUUUCGUCUCAGGGUCCUAAUACGAUCACUCCAGGAAUUCUCAAGCCUGACAUCACCGCACCCGGAGUGAACAUUUUAGCUGCAUACAUAGAAGCAAAGGGGCCUACGUUUCUUCAAUCAGAUGAUCGUCGUGUUCUCUUCAACAUCGUAUCUGGUACUUCAAUGUCAUGCCCUCAUGUUUCUGGGACUGUAGGCCUUCUCAAAAAGAUUCACCCUCAUUGGAGUCCAUCAGCCAUAAGAUCUGCAAUCAUGACCACCGCGAGAACCAGAAAUAAUGUGAGACAACCUAUGGCAAAUGGUACACUUGAGGAGGCAAACCCUCUCAACUAUGGUGCAGGACAUCUCUGGCCUAACCGUGCAAUGGACCCAGGCUUGGUCUAUGACUUGACCACCAUUGACUACUUAAACUUUCUGUGCUCUAUUGGCUAUAAUGCAACCCAACUGUCAAGGUUUGUGGACGAGCCAUAUGAAUGCCCACCAAAUCCUAUGAGCGUUCUGGAUUUAAACUACCCCUCAAUUACUGUCCCCAGUUUCUCAGGCAAGGUAACAGUGACUAGGAGCCUGAAGAAUGUUGGAACUCCAGCUACAUACACGGUUCGAACUGAGGUGCCUAGUGGACUAUUGGUGAAGGUGGAACCUGAAAGACUGAAAUUUGAAAAGAUUAAUGAAGAGAAAACAUUCAAGGUGACACUGGAGGCCAAGAGAGAUGGUGAGGGAAGUGGGUAUAUUUUUGGAAGGCUCAUAUGGUCAGAUGGAGAACACUACGUCAGAAGCCCUAUAGUGGUCAAUGCAACCACGCUUCAUAUGUAAUCAUGCUUUUGAUUGAUCUUUAUGUAAUACAUAUGGGUAAUUAUAACAAAUAAAUCUAUCUAUACCAUGUGGAAUCAACAACAAUAGAGGA